AUGCACAACUUCAUUGCGUGGAAGACGAAUACUCUAAGCGAUGCCAUUUUGAUUAAGGGACAACAACAGCCUCCGAACUCCUACUCUAGAUUGCAGCGGGCAACCUGGAACGCUAUCAACGAUGCCUUACACGCCCAAAUCCUCAAAUCCCUCAGUGUGGAAAUACGGAAGAUCAUGCCGCCACAGCGGACCAAGAAUGCCGCAGCCCUAUGGGAAUCCGUGGUGACUGGUUUUGGCAUCACAAAAGCCCAAGAACGCUAUAAUGUUCUUCGCGAUGUGUGUGUGUUGAAGCUGGAAGGAUCGGAUUAUAUGUCCCACCAAGCCCAGUGGCUGGCCUACAUGGCGGCGCUGGACGACCUUGAUGUCACAGUCGAUGAUAUCAAGUAUGCUUUGUUUAUCUUGAGCCUUGGAAACUGGCAAUCGCAGUUUAUUAAGACAAGGCUAGACGAGUUCUUUUCGACCGGGGGAAAUGGAGAGCCGAUUGUCAACCUGGACAUCAAGCAAUUGAUGCGAGCUCUUCAGUAUCGUGCAAUCACGCAAGGACCGAAGAAGAAAGACCCGGUCUCCGCCCCGAAGGGAUCGACAUCCACGCCGAAUCCUGAGAAGCUAAAGUCGUCUGAGAAACCGGACUCUGACAGAACCCUGAAGUCACGCUGCAACUACUGUCAGGCUCCGAAAGCGAUACACGAUACCUCCCGCUGCUGGUCAAAGAACCCCGAGAAGGCGCCAAUACACUGGUUGAAAGAUAAUGCUGAUUUAGUCCGCCGAAUACGUGGGCGCAACGGGGAUCCAAUUCCCGAUAUUCCGGGCCUUAUAGUUGAGCCGCAGGCACAGGCUAAGUCUGCAAUUUCCAGUAGCAGCAAUAAUACCAACAGUCGCCAGUGUGGUGAUUGGUAUUUUUAUAUGUGCGCAAGUCGUUAUGUAGUAUCAGACCGAAUACUUUUUACUUCCUACACUCCACUCAAGAGUAAUGAAGGGAUCGGAUCGAUCUGGGGGGACAAGAAACGCGCUAUUGGUGUUGGAACAAUCAAUAUGAAGCUAAAUGGCCUAACUGUCACUCUGAAAGACGUCCGCUAUAUUCCUGGAGCAGAUUCCAACCUUGGAUUCAUUAUUCACAAGAAUUCAACACCUCCAUUCCACUACGUCUUGGAGGACCUAUCGAAGCAGCGAUUCUUUGCCGUUCGAAACUCAAGCGGUGUUUACACAUUCACCGCUGAUGAACCAUUUAAGGUCUCUACUCAGGCCUUCGUUACUUUAGCGACUCCGGCUAAUUCACAAUUGACCUCUGACUCUGACGAGCCUAUUCCGACAGCUGGCGAACAGCAGCUCGUCGCCUAUUUCAGCUCUGAUGCAAAGAGCAACGUUGAGGCUAAGCCAUCUAGUGCAUAUGAACAUGUUUCAAAAGCCUCGAUCGACAUUAAAUCUGCUUUCCCUAAGACUCUUUGGGAAUGGCAUGUCACGCUUGGACAUCUCAAUUACCGAGAUGUACUCUACCUUGCCAAUCGUCCAGGCAGUGGAGUGAAAAUCACGGGCGACAAGGCCCAACCGCCUUGCCAAGCCUCAAGAGCCACACGGCCAUUAAUGCGCAUCCACGUUGAUAUCGUGGGUGGCGGGGACGUUUUCUUAGAUGAUGAUGACGCUUCUCAAGCGGCAAAUCUGCAGUCCCGGCAUGGCUAUAAAUAUUUCCUCCUGAUCACGGACGAUGCGACGCGAUUCCGAUGGAUUUACGGUCUGGUCUCCCGAGACCAACGCGAAAUUGCUGCACGCCUGCGACAUUGGCGUCAGAACAUCAACAAUCUCGGAUUUAAAACACCUGCUUUUCUGCGAUCUGACAACGAAUUCGGAUCUGGAGAAUUACAAUCAAUGAUGACAGAGUGGGGAUGCCAGUGGGAGCCAUCGAACCCUUAUUCUGCGUGGCAGAAUGGCACCGCAGAACGACCUAAUCGAGUGGUAUUGGAGAAGGCCCGCGCGAUAUGGAUAGCAUCAGGUUUACCAAUGACCUUCUGGUUUCACGCGCUAGUCGCUGCGGUUUUUAUGGCCAAUAUAUCCCCGACGAGCACUCCUCUCUACAAUAACCCUACACCUGGUGGAACAACGAUCGAUGAGAGCAUUCAGCCACAGGACACCCGGAUCCCGAUCGAAGCAAUCUCAAAAAUCGCUGCUGAUUUGAGUUACCUGCUUCCUUUCGGUUCGAGCGUUUUGUACCACCUCUAUGGCACGAGCGAACCGACUGGGAAGCUAGAACCUCGAGGGAAAAUGGGACGCGUAGUCGGAUACAAUGGUGCCUCGAUCUACACCGUGUGA